AGCGUAUUCAACGUCCAUAAGGUAUCGACCCUCUGAUACUACUCUAAGGACGCAUUCGAUCUUCAGAGUUGGACUAAUGUAACAAAGUAAUGCACCGACAUUAUGGAGGAACCCGCGACUUUUGAACGACAUGUGUACAAAAACGCUUCAGUGUACCACUAUAUGAAGAUGUCCCUGAUUUUAGAGGAUGAAAGCAAAAGACUUAUUGCAGCAGAGUUUAAGCAGCUGAUUGUCUCUGGGCUCAGAGACCUAUAUGGUGAGAUUGGAGCAGCGAUUCCUUUUGAUUUGCUGACAUUUGAUGAAAGUACUAAGACAGCUAUACUUCGUGUAUACAACAGUGGCCUGGUGAAGUUGUGGAGUGCUAUAACAUUAAUAGGAUCAUGCCAAAAUGAGCUGUGUGCUGUCAGAGUUACUCAGGUCUCACCUUUUCUCUUAGCUCUAUGUGGAAACAGCCGUGAAACAGAGCUUGACUAAACUUUGGAUUCCA